GGGAGAUAAAGGCACCACUCCGACAUGUCAAUCACUCGAUCGAUCAGCGCUCCCCGCAUCAAGAAAAGCCCCAGCUUUAGCUCCGAAGCUUCGAGCCAAGGUGGGAAACGGCAGCCGCGCGCGGAGAAGAUGGUGGGAAUCUUCUCCAGGUUCUCCGCCGGCGGUGCCCACCGCCGCGCCAAGAGCGCCGUCGAGGUUGUGGAGACAUUGGCGCCCAACAUGGAGACUGGGGAGUCUGACCCAGCAGCUGUUGCUGGAGACAGUCCACAUGGCAUCGAGGUCGGCAUUGAGUUCAAGCCAGUGGAGCACCCUGUGGAGCCUGUCAACCUUGAUCAACCGGUGAAAUGCCCGCUUCCUGAGCCAUCUAUACUGCAUGAUGGGAGGAUAUGGCAAGAGAGGAUGUCUACAGCGGGUGGACGGGUGAGGACAGACUUGCCGGUCGUGAAGGAAGGAUCGCAGCUCGACUCCGACAGCAGUGGAACACGGCCGCGAUCUGCGGUGCGAAAGCGUGCCAUACUGCCCUCUGUAAGUGCCCCUGAGCAUAACAUCCUGGCGCUGCUUGACGAGUGUGAUGUGACAGAGACCCAGCGUCCCGCUGAAUGAGCCUUCAGUGCAUACUGCCUUGAACUGUAUUUUCUGCAUUAAUGUCUCUCCCAUCUUUGCCACUUGUCAAAUGCCGCGAGCUGAACACAGCUAUGUUAAAUCUCAGAACUUGCAACUAUAGCAACGGGCUUUUGUGUGGAUUGUUCUAUAAAUAGUUAUACGAGUGAAAGCAAGCUGCAGUACAUCAUUCGCAGUUGUUGAAGACAAUACUGAGAUGCUUGGCUUCGUUUUGGUGGCAA